AUGGAUAUUCAAAUAGGAUUUUAUUCCGUGAUUUUUUUAUUGUCCAUGGUUGGAAAUAUUUUAGUGAUCGCAACUUUGAUACAAAAUAAACGAAUGAGAACAGUGACUAAUGUGUUUUUGUUGAGUCUUGCAAUAAGUGAUUUAUUAUUAGCUGUUUUUUGUAUGCCUUUUACCCUUGUGCCAGUAUUACUCAGGAACUUUAUAUUUGGAGCUGUUAUGUGUGUUUUAAUCCGAUAUCUGCAAGCUGUGUCUGUUGGAGCGAGUUGUUUUACCUUGGUAGCUAUUAGUAUGGAGAGAUAUUAUGCCAUUUGUCAGCCGUUACAUUCAAGAUCGUGGCAGACGUUAUCACAUUCAUAUAGGAGUAUAGCAGUAUGUUGGGCAUUGUCAGCAUUCAUUAUGACUCCAAUAGCUGUUUUCCAAUCGCAUAUACCUCUUCCAAGUGGUGCUCAUGCUUGUCGUGAAAUAUGGCCUGAUACUGAUUGGGAGAUGGCCUACAACGUAUUUUUAGACCUUGCAUUAUUGGUGAUACCAGUUCUGAUCAUGACCAUAGCGUAUGGAUGUGUGAUACGAAAUCUUGCCCGAGAUGUACGAAGUGAUUUUAACAUAAAUCCAUAUGAAAAUGGUAAAACAUUGGAACUUAAACUUUUUAAAGAUUCAGUGAGAAGUGCUACAUCAUCACAAUCUUCGGCGGAUGAAGGAAAUUUUACCCCACCUAUUAUGAAGAGAAGUAGAAAGGUGCACAGAAUACGUCACACUAACCCGGAAAAGAUACGACAAAACAAAAUACGAGUUAUAAAAAUGUUAUUUGUCGUGGUGCUGGAAUUUUUCAUAUGUUGGACUCCGGUGUAUGUGAUACAGACGUGGAUGAUUUUUGACUUUAAAAGUGCUAAACAACAUCUUUCACCCAUUACUAAAACGUUCUUCCAUUUAUUAUCAUACUUUUCAUCGUGCUGCAAUCCAAUUACUUACUGUUUCAUGAACAAGAAAUUUAGAGAGGCUUUUGUACGCGUCUUUCAAUGUAAAGGACCUACUCCGCCAUUAAAAGAUCGACGUCGCAAUACAGGGCAGCUUAGAUUAGACUCGAGGAGGAGUGAAGCCUUUAACCCUAAUUCAUCGACAUCAACUAAAAAUAGUUCAAUACGACAGGUAGACUAUGACCCCAUUCAUGGUUCUGAUGAUUUCCUCGAUACUGACUAG